UUUCUGAACCAGAUAAUCAAGCAAGACCAUCCAUUUCAUUGGUCUUUGUAUAACAAAACUAUACCUUUUGUCUUUUUUCAGUUUUCCAUCUAGAUUUCCCAUCUUAUGAAGCUUCUUCAAUGGCAUCAAUUCAAUCAUGGCCUAACGGACCCAACCGCCAUUGCCCAGCGUCUCCAAUCCUAUGCAAAAGAAAAACAACCCAUAAGAGGAAAAGCCAUGCAUGCCCAUAUCAUUCGCACCAUACCACAUAUCAACAUUUUUAUCCAAAACCACCUCCUCAAUAUGUAUGCGAAAUGUGCCCAUUUCAUACUAGCCUUCAAGUUAUUCGGUAAAAUGCCUCAGAAAAAUCUCAUCUCAUGGACCACUCUCAUAUCGGCUCUCAGUCAACAUGCUCAAUUUCAGGAAUCACUAAAUUUCUUCACUCAAAUGAGAAUUUAUGGCGAAAAUCCAAACGAAUUCGCUUUAUCGAAUGUAAUUCAAGUGUGUGCCACAACUGGGUCACUAAAACAAGGUAAAGGGCUCCACUCUCUCACUAUUAAAUUGGGAUUUGGUUCUGAGCUCUUUGUUGGGAGCAAUUUAGCUGAUAUGUAUGGGAAAUGUGGGGAAUUGGAUGAUGGGUGUCGGGUUUUUGAGGAAAUGGAGGUUAGAGACCAGGUUUCUUGGACUGCCAUGAUUGUGGGGUAUACAAAAAAUGGAAGCUUUUUACAAGCGAUAGAUGCCUUUUUGAGGAUGAGUUUGGAAGGUGUGAGUGCUGACCAGCAUGUGUAUUCAAGUGUAUUGGGAGCAUGUGGAGGGCUAAAACUUUCCAAAGUUGGCAAGUGUUUUCAUGGCUCAGUGUUCAAGGCUGGUUUUGAGCAAAACGUUGUAGUGGGGAAUGCCCUUGUUGAUAUGUACUCCAAAUGCAGCGAUAUGGGUAGUGCAGUUCUUUUGUUUCAACUGGAUUCUAAGCGUUGGAAUGUUGUUUCUUGCAGUUCUCUUAUCGAUGGUUUUGUAGAGAGAGAAGAAAUUUGGGAAGCAGUUUCUACUUUUAAUGAAUCUCGACAAUGGGGCAUUGAGCCUAACGAGUUCACAUUCUCUUGUCUGCUUAAAGCCUCUGCAUCCCAAGCUUCCCUUGAGCUAGGGAGGCAGCUCCAUGCCCAAGUGAUCAAAUCCAGCUUUGAUGUGGACCCAUUUGUUUGUACUGCCCUUAUUGAUAUGUACGGAAAAUGUGGCCUUCUCUCUUUCUCUCUCCAAAUUUUCAACAGUUUCAACAACCCAACCGAAUUUGUAUUUAACACAAUGGUGGGAGUCUUAGCUCAACAUGGGUGCGGCAGAGAAGCCAUAGAUAUCUUCGAUAAAAUGGUGUCUAAUGGGAUGAAACCAAACGAGGUCACAUUCGUUAGUAUAUUCACUGCAUGUAGUCAUGCCGGUUUAGUGAGUGAGGGAAUGUAUUACUUUUUCUCCAUAGAGGAGAAAUACAAUGUAAUUCCAACCGAAGAGCAUUAUGCUUGCAUUGUAAAUAUGCUUGGAAGGGCAGGAAGACUGAAAGAAGCCAAAGAGUUUAUAAGGAAAAUGCCUUUUGAGCCCAACGCAUUCGCAUGGUGCUCAUUGCUUGGGGCAUGUAGGAUUCAUGGAGAUAUAGAGGGAGGUAAGCUUGCAGCCGAGAAGCUCAUGGAGCUCGAGCCUGAAAACUCAGGAACCCGUGUCUUGCUUUUGAAUAUUUAUGCGAAAGCUGGCAGAUGGGAGGAUGUUAAGACGAUGAGAAAGUCAAUGAGAGAGGGUGGAGUGAAGAAGGUGCCUGGUUUUAGCUGGUUAGAAGUAAACAACAUGACCCAUGUCUUUGGGGCUGAGGAUUUUUCUCACCCCAUGAGGAGAAAGAUAUAUGAGAAGCUUGAGAGCUUGUUGAAUGAGAUGAGAGAAGCUGGCUAUGUUCCCAAUACUGACUCUGUUUUGUGGAAUGUGGAAGAGGGUUUGAAAGAGAGGCUUCUCAGUCAUCAUAGCGAGAGAUUGGCUGUUGCAUUUGCACUUACCAUCUUGCCUGUUGGGAAACCAAUAAUUGUUAUGAAGAAUAUCAGAAUUUGCACUGACUGCCAUGUUGCCAUUAAGUUCAUCUCCAAGAUUGUAGAGAGAGACAUCACUGUUAGGGAUAACAGUAGGUUCCACCAUUUCAGAGAUGGGUCCUGUUCUUGUGGGGAUUAUUGGUGAUUCUUUUUGCCAAUAUAGAUGAAUUUGAUUUGUCUCGACAAGACACGGUCUUUUUCCCCUUCUUCAAAACCAGUUUCCUGCUUAAUCUCUAUAGCUGUCUUAAAUUAUCUCGAUCACCUUAUAGGCCUUAAUUUCUACACCAUGUUUUAGAUUUUGGAUUGACCAUAUUAAAAGCCAUUGAUGGUGGAAACUUAU